CCAAGUACAUGAUCUUCUUAGAGCUGCUUAUCCGCUUUGCUUCAGAGACAAUCGUGCCUGAUUUUAAGAGAGAGAAACAGCACACUUUCUAGAGAGAGAGAGGAGCACAAACUGAAUACAGAGAGUCCUCUACUUCUCUCUCUCUCUCGCUCGCUCUCCAUGAUCGUGUUCGUUUGUCUGAAAACUAAGAGAUUUAACUAAUUUCACUCAAAUUCUCGAGAGGCGAAAAAAGGAAGAGAGAGAUGGCGGAAAAAGAUGAAGCUAUGGAGGCUCUGAAAAGGGAAGCUGUGGAUUUGGAGAACAUACCCGUUGAGGAGGUUUUCGAGAAUCUGAGAUGUACCAAAAAUGGACUCACAUCUGAAGAUGUUGAGAGGAGAUUGGACAUAUUUGGGCACAACAAGCUUGAAGAGAAAGUGGAGAGUAAGUUUUUGAAGUUCUUAGGGUUCAUGUGGAAUCCCCUCUCAUGGGUCAUGGAGGCUGCGGCAAUUAUGGCUAUUGCGCUUGCAAAUGGUGGAGGAAAAGCACCUGAUUGGCAGGAUUUUGUUGGGAUUAUUACUCUGCUUGUUAUCAAUUCAACUAUAAGUUUUAUAGAAGAAAACAAUGCUGGUAAUGCAGCAGCUGCUCUCAUGGCACGUCUUGCGCCCAAAGCGAAGGUUCUCCGAGAUGGGAGAUGGAAUGAGGAAGAUGCAGCUGUUCUUGUUCCAGGAGACAUCAUUAGCAUUAAACUUGGGGAUAUAGUUCCAGCUGAUGCUCGUCUCCUUGAGGGUGAUCCGCUGAAAAUUGAUCAGUCUGCUCUCACGGGUGAGUCCCUGCCUGUGACAAAAGGCCCAGGGGAUGGUGUUUAUUCAGGGUCUACCUGCAAGCAGGGAGAGAUUGAAGCAGUGGUCAUUGCCACAGGUGUGCAUACCUUCUUUGGCAAGGCUGCUCACCUCGUGGACUCCACAAAUCAAGUUGGCCAUUUUCAGAAGGUCUUGACUGCCAUCGGAAAUUUUUGUAUAUGUUCUAUUGCGGUUGGGAUGUUUGUAGAAAUAAUAGUGAUGUACCCGAUUCAACAUCGGGACUAUCGUCCGGGAAUUGACAAUUUGCUGGUACUUCUGAUUGGAGGAAUCCCUAUUGCUAUGCCGACAGUCUUAUCUGUUACAAUGGCAAUUGGUUCUCACCGUUUAUCUCAGCAGGGAGCCAUCACAAAAAGAAUGACAGCUAUAGAAGAAAUGGCCGGGAUGGAUGUGCUUUGCAGUGAUAAAACUGGAACUCUGACCCUGAACAAGCUUACUGUCGACAAAAAUCUUAUUGAGGUCUUUGCUAAAGGAGUUGACGUAGAUACUGUAGUUCUGAUGUCUGCCAGGGCCUCUCGGGUGGAAAACCAGGAUGCAAUCGAUGGCGCUAUAGUAGGGAUGUUGGCUGAUCCGAAGGAGGCACGGGCUGGCAUCCAAGAGGUUCACUUCCUCCCAUUUAACCCAACUGAUAAGAGAACAGCUCUGACGUACAUUGACAGUGAAGGUAAAAUGCAUCGCGUCAGCAAAGGUGCCCCUGAACAGAUUCUUAACCUGGCACACAAUAAAUCAGACAUAGAGCAUAGAGUUCAUGCUGUGAUUGAUAAAUUUGCCGAGCGAGGAUUAAGAUCUCUUGCAGUAGCAUACCAGGAAGUUCCUGAGCGUACGAAGGAAAGUCCUGGAGGUCCAUGGCAAUUCAUUGGCCUCAUGCCUCUGUUUGACCCACCCAGACAUGACAGUGCAGAGACAAUAAGAAGAGCUUUGAAUUUGGGGGUGAACGUUAAAAUGAUCACUGGUGAUCAACUGGCAAUUGGAAAGGAAACUGGACGGCGUUUGGGAAUGGGAACCAACAUGUAUCCUUCAUCUGCUUUAUUAGGGCAGAACAAGGAUGAAUCAAUUGCUGCUUUGCCAAUUGAUGAGCUCAUUGAAAAAGCUGAUGGCUUUGCUGGCGUCUUCCCUGAGCACAAAUAUGAGAUCGUAAAACGCUUGCAAGCUAGAAAACAUAUAUGCGGAAUGACUGGUGAUGGAGUCAAUGAUGCCCCUGCACUUAAAAAGGCUGAUAUUGGCAUAGCUGUUGCUGAUGCAACUGAUGCUGCUCGUAGUGCUUCUGAUAUAGUCCUGACAGAACCUGGUCUCAGCGUGAUCAUUAGUGCUGUACUAACUAGUCGUGCAAUCUUUCAGAGGAUGAAAAAUUACACGAUCUAUGCUGUUUCCAUUACAAUUCGUAUUGUGCUUGGUUUCAUGUUGCUCGCUCUUAUAUGGAAGUUCGACUUCCCACCCUUCAUGGUGCUGAUCAUUGCUAUCCUGAAUGAUGGUACCAUUAUGACAAUAUCAAAGGAUAGGGUGAAACCAUCUCCUCUGCCCGACAGCUGGAAGCUGGGAGAGAUUUUUGCAACUGGGAUCAUUCUUGGAGGUUACUUGGCAGUGAUGACAGUCAUCUUCUUUUGGGUGGCAUACGAGACGAAUUUCUUUCCUCACCUAUUUGGGGUUUCAUCUCUAAAGAAAACGGUUAGUUACGACUUCAAAAAGCUUGCCUCUGCAGUGUACCUGCAAGUGAGUACCAUUAGUCAAGCCCUCAUUUUUGUGACAAGAGCUAGGAGUUGGUCAUUCUACGAGCGCCCAGGACUUCUGCUUGUGGGGGCUUUUUUGGUUGCUCAGCUGAUUGCUACAUUGAUUGCUGUAUAUGCGAAUUGGGGUUUUGCUGCGAUUGAAGGGAUUGGAUGGGGUUGGGCUGGGGUGAUUUGGCUCUAUAACCUCAUUACGUACUUCCCUCUUGAUUUCAUAAAGUUCUGUAUUCGAUAUGCCAUUAGUGGUAGAGCUUGGGAUCUCGUUUUCGAGCAAAGGGUUGCCUUUACGAGGAAAAAGGAUUUCGGAAAAGAAGAACGUGAGCUUAAAUGGGCACAUGCACAAAGAACCCUCCAUGGGCUGCAGCCACCUGUGACUGACUUUAGUGACCGCAGUAGCAUUACCGAUCUUAACCAGAUGGCUGAAGAGGCAAAAAGACGAGCUGAGAUGGCAAGGCUGAUAGAACUGCAAACAUUGAAAGGCCACGUUGAAUCAGUUGUGAAAUUGAAGAAUCUCGACAUAGAAACGAUCCAGCAAGCGUACACGGUUUGAGAAAGGCAAUACGUUUGAUAUACUUUUGUCUAUCCCCCGUCUAAGGGGCUGUAAUAUGGGAUCCUGUUCACUGCGAUCCACCUACUUGUUAUUUAUAAUCAGUCAUCCUAGAAGAGGACUCUUCGUAUGGGCAACAAUCCCUCUUUGUAGAAGGGAAAGAAGUGCUUUCAUAUUUUUCUAUACAUUUGGCUGUAGAUAAUGAUGAUCAAUAUCACAGUUAGAUAGAUGCCUCAUUCAAGUGAGACGCAUUGAAAUGACUCUGAAUAUGAUCAUUUGUGCUUCUUUUUAGUUUUCUCGGGAGCGUGUGCCCAAAUCAUAAGUUUCUUCAUAUGUUAGGAUAAUUUGAGGCCUACUCAUGAGGCUUGUGACCAGCGUCGGGGGCUUGUUCUCUGCCCUCGAAACUAACUUUGGAAUAGGAAUUGACCUUCUUUUCCAACAAUGCAGUUUUUUGUUGUAUUAAGAAUACUUUGUUUAAAGAUGGAAUUCGA